GUCGCAUUCAACCAUACACUUUCAGUGUCAGUGAAUAGAAUAAAUAUAAUAUAACAUAAAUAUAUCGCAGUGACUUCAAAAUGGUUUACAAUUUUAAAGUGUAUAAAAAGUGCUCUCCUAAUGGAAAAAUCACUCUGUAUAUGCCGAAGCGGGACUUUGUGGAUCACAUUUCGUAUGUUGAACCUAUAGAUGGCAUUGUGGUAGUGGACGAUGAGUAUGUUCGUGGGCGUAAGGUCUUCGCGCAGGUGGUGUGUACCUUCCGCUACGGCCGUGAAGAGGACGAGGUGAUGGGAGUCAACUUCUACAAGGAGCUGUACCUUGCCUCAGACCAGAUCUAUCCGGCGCCUGAGAAACGGUCUUAUGAUCUGACUCGCACUCAGGAGAGACUGAUGAAGAAGCUCGGAGAAACCGCUCUGCCGUUCCGUUUGUCGGUCCCUGCUGGGUCCCCAGGCUCCGUGACCCUGCAGCCAGGCCUGGAGGAUGAGGGGGAGCCGUGUGGUGUGCACUACUACAUCAAGCUGUUUGUGGGAGACACUGAGAUUGACCGGUCUCAUCGCAGGAGCACUGUAGCCUUGGGCAUCCGCAAGGUGCAGUACGCACCGAACAAGCCAGGCCCGCAACCCUGCACCGUCGUCAGGAAGGACUUUAUGCUGUCCCCGGGACAACUCGAGCUGGAACUCACCCUGGAUAAACAACUCUACAUCCACGGCGAGACCAUAGCCAUCAACAUCAGCGUGAGGAACCAUAGCAACAAGGUGGUCAAGAAGAUCAAGGCCUGCAUCCUGCAGUCUGUUGACGUGGUGCUCUUCCAGAACGGACAAUACCGUAACGUGGUGUGUAGUGUGGAGACUCAGGAUGGGUGCCCGCUGCAGCCGGGCGCGAGCAUGCAGAAGGUGGUGCAGCUGCGGCCGGAGCUGAGCACGCUGCGCGAUCGCCGCGGGCUCGCGCUAGAUGCGCAGCUCAAGAGGCAGGAUAAUAGCCUCGCUUCUACUACGCUCCUCCUGGAGCCCGAGCAGCGCGACGCCUUCGGCAUCAUAGUGAGCUACAGCGCCAAGGUGAAGCUGUACCUGGGCGCGCUCAACGGCGAGCUCAGCGCCGAGCUGCCCUUCAUACUCAUGCACCCGAAAGAGGGUCGCGCUAAGCUAGUGCAAGCCGACAGCCAGGUGGAUGUGGAGAUGUUCCGACAGGAUACUGUGCAUCAUCAGGAAAGCAUUGAUGUCUACUGAUGAGAAUAAUCUGUUUGGGAUUGUCUAG